GGGAGGGCCGCCAGACCCGCAGAGAAGGGAGGGCCUCUCUGCUGGGAGCACGCAGCCGCUUUACGUCAGGGCCAAGGGCGGUGCUGUCGCCCUGGCGACGGUUUCGCAGCCCCGCGCCGCCACCAGCCAGGCCUUCAUCUCGACACACUGGGCCAAGAAGCCCUAGCUAUGACCUCGACGACCGCGGCGUCCUUGUCUAUAGGCACGGCCGAUGGGUUGCUUGAGACCGAGAAGAACGCAGGGGAGUCCGAGAAUACCUAUAUUUUGCGGCCCGUUUUCCAGCAAAGGCGGGUUCAGACCCUCUGUGGUUAAAGACUGUAUCCAUGCCGUGCUUAAGGAGGAACUGGCAAAUGCUGAAUACUCUCCAGAAGAAAUGCCUCAACUCACAAAACGUUUAUCAGAAACCGUUAAAGAUAAAUUAAAAGAAAUGGGAUUUGACCGAUAUAAAAUGGUGGUGCAAGUAGUGAUUGGAGAACAAAGAGGUGAAGGAGUAUUCAUGGCUGCUCGCUGUUUCUGGGAUGCUGACACUGACAACUAUAUUCAUGAUGUUUUCAUGAAUGACAGUUUAUUCUGUGUUGUAGCGGCAUUUGGCUGUUUCUACUAUUGAAUCUUUGAAAAGUUGGAUAAAGAUAAUGACCAUGAAGAAAUAUGAACUUUUUUAUACUGUUAUAUAUCUCAACAAAAUAAAGAUAAUUUGGCAGUUUGGCAACUGAGUCUGAGUUUUAGGCCUUAUAUUUUCAUGUUUUGAUUUUUGUUGUAAUAUGUUCUCACUGUAUUUGCAAAGUGGGGAGAAUCCAUAUUUCAGUUGUUCAAACAUUGUACCAAAUUGUAAAUAUUUGGGUAUAUUUUCUACCAGUGUUUUUUAUAUUUGUAGGAUUAAAAAAAAUCAUAUGUUCAA